AUGAACUUCCUGAGUAAUACAUUCGGCACACCAUGUUCAAUUGACUUUGAUCUGGAUGGAUGUCAGAACAGAAAGACCAUUCAGGUCACGUCGGACAAGGGCAAGAUGGAGAAGCUAUUCGUCUUUGUUGGCAACGAGCAGGUCUCUGGCAAGGUGGCCAUCAACCUCAAGGACAAGUCAAAGAGGAUCGAGCACAAGGGCAUCAAAGUAGAGUUUGUUGGACAGAUUGAGUUGUUCUAUGACAGAGGCAAUCAUUAUGAGUUCACAUCUUUGGUACGCGAGCUGGCACCAGCUGGCGAGUUGGUGGAGAAUAAGACAUUCCAGUUCGACUUCCUUAAUGUUGAGAAGCAGUACGAAUCAUACAACGGCACCAACGUGCGUCUAAGAUAUUUUGUGCGACUGACCAUCGGUCGUAACUAUGGCUCCAACAUCGUGAAGGAGUUUGACAUCUGGGUGAUCAACUUCAACAAGCCACCCGAUGUCAACAGCAACAUCAAGAUGGAGGUCGGCAUUGAGGACUGUCUCCACAUCGAGUUCGAGUACAACAAGUCCAAGUACCAUCUCAAGGACGUCAUCAUCGGAAAGAUCUACUUCCUGCUCGUGCGUAUCAAGAUCAAGCACAUGGAGAUCGCCCUGAUCAAGCGAGAGCAGACCGGUUCCGGUCCCAAUAUAUUCAACGAGAAUGAGACACUGACCAAGUUCGAGAUCAUGGACGGUGCUCCAGUCAGAGGCGAGUCCAUCCCAGUUAGACUGUUCCUCUCGGUCUUUGACCUGACACCAACCUACAGAAGCGUUCACAACAAGUUCUCUGUCAAAUACUUCCUUAACCUCGCUUUGAUUGACGAGGACGAUAAGAAAUACUUUAAGCAACAGGAAAUCACCCUGUGGAGAAGAGGUGUGUCUAAACCUCUGGCAGCACCAUCAACUUCCACACCAACAGCCGAGACCCCAGCCGAGAUUCCAACAGAGGAUCCAGAGGCUUCAGACGAUGAAAGCGAC